AUGAUAAAUAGUAAUACACGAUAUAUAUCUAUUAGAUCUUUAAAUGACACUAAAAAUAUUAAAUUAAUUGUAGAAAUACAUAAAAUAGAUGGAAAGAAUUUUAGAUAUAAAGAAAAAAUUUCUUUUAUUGACUAUAAUGUCAAUUUCCAAGCACUUGACUCAAAGUAUUUCGAAAAUAGAUGGAGAGUUGGGAUGACAGAUUACAAGGCAUCUGUAGGAUCAUUCAAAAUUGAAACUAAUGAAUUGGUAGGAAUUAGUUUAUGGGGCGUUGAUUAUAAUAAAAAUGGAGAAAGAGCAGCAUAUAACCUUAUUUCAGGAGUUCUUCCAGAGUAUCGUAGAUUUGGAUUUGGAGAGGGAAUGAUGGAAUAUUCAAUUAAUCUACUAAAGAAUGAACCAUUCAAAAUAGAUAAGUUGGGAUUGGAGGUAGUUAGUACGAAUGAAAGAGCUGUUAAGAUCAUUGAAAAAUUUGGAUUCAAAAUAGAUAGAAAUCUAGUAGUUUACUCAGGAACUUUAAAAGCUAUUAAGCCAAAGCGGGAUCAUCAAAUCGUUUCAAGAGGUAAUAAAGUUUUAGUAUUAAAAGGAAAAGAGAUUUUAAUUGACAAACUCUCACCAAAACCAUUAUGUGAAAGUCCUUGGGAAUAUCAAACAAAGUUAUUAAUCACUGACCCAGAAAAUCUCGAGUGUUGGUCGUUGAUCGAUGAAAACACAGAAAGUAAAGAGCCUGGUAGUACCUAUCUUUUAAUAUAUGGACCAAGAAAUUUUGUUGAAUAUGCUCAUUUCGAAUCAGUGGAAAAAGGAAUUACACUAAUGAACCAACUUUCAUUAAAGUAUCAAAAUAUUAUAUCUUUUCUCCAAGAGGAAGAAGAAAUUGUCAUCUCUGUCUUCAAACAUUUCAAUCUUACUCUCAAAUUUCAAGAAUUCGAAAUGUCCAGACCAAUAGAUCUUGGAAUAAAACAAAACAAAAUCUUUAAUUUCAAUGAUAGAAUAUAUUCUAAAUUAUAA